UCCAAGAGAUAAUUUGUUGUCCAUGCACGUGCAUGCUUCUCGCUCACGGUUUCCUGGAAAAUGAAUUUAAUAGAAAUGAAUGAAAGCGAUACAGAAUCAUUACAUGAUGCUAAAUCUACAUCAAACACAGGAUGGGCGGAUGUUAUGCAAAAAAUUUUAAGAACAAAUAAGCCAAAGAGAAAAAAGACAAUAGUACUAGCUAAAGCAAAGAAAUUGUGUGAUGUAAAAGUAAAAGAGAAAAAGGAAGAUAUUUCUUUUGAAAUUGAUGGUAGUAAAAAUGUAACGGAGAUAGAAGAAGCUAGUGUCAAAACAGGAGAGCAUGCUGUACACACUAAGCCAAAGAUAAAAGAAAAGAAUCUUGGCAUUCGAGUAAAACCUUCCAUUACAGAUCAAGAACGUGAAAAAAUGCUGCAGAAAAUAGCCACAAGAGGAGUUGUACAAUUAUUUAAUGCAGUAAAACAGCAACAAACAGAUAUUAGCAAAAAAUUAACACAAGCAGGACCAUUAGAAAGAAAACGCGAGCAGGUACUCAAAAGUAUCGAUAAAAAUGCUUUUCUUGACAUUCUUAUGGGUGGCAGUAAAAGCAUAUCGAUAGAUAAUACUGUUCAAUCUGAAAAAGUUAUAGAACAGACAAAUAAUAAAAACAAAGAUGACAAAAUAUGGAGUGUCCUACGAGAUGAUUUUGUUAUGGGAGCCAAGUUAAAAGAUUGGGACAAGAAGGAUGUAGAAGAAGAGGAUUCUUCAGCUCCUGAAGACAUGAACAGUGAUAUGGAUUGAAAAUAAAUGUUUUUCAUAUGAUCUUUCCAGGAUCGGCCUGGAACUGUGUGAAGAUUGUACCGUCGACAACGAGCAUUCUGCCAUGCGGCAAGAGAAUAAUCGUCGGCGUUGCAACCAUCGCUUGAUCGCUGCCGCUGAACCGCGCAUCUGGUUCAGGGUCCUCCAAACGACAACAACAAUGUCGUCUACAUAGAGACCGGCAGAAGGGAGCGCCCC